AUGAAUCAUUCAACACAAUUAUUCUUGUUGCUUCUAAUUUCCUUAAUAAUUAUUUCUCAUGCCAUUUCACCUCCACCAAAUACCAAUUUAUAUGAAGUUGUGUGCAAUGAUGCUGAGAAAGAUCACGACCGUUGCAUGAAACUCAUACAAGACAACUCUGAAAUCACUUCAGCAAAAGACUAUCCUACCCUUUGCAAGGCCUUCUUACGUAUGGCAGGAAAGAAGAGCACAUCUGCACAAGUUGAAGUAAAAAAUUUGGCUGGAAAAUACCCUUCUUCUAACGCCAUCAAAGAAUGUGCAACCGUUGAUUACUUUAAUUUAAUUCAUUCAUUCAAAAUGAUUAUAAAAGAAAUUGAUGAGGAUGCUAAAAGUGCAAACUAUGAUGCUUUAGUAGCUGCUGAUGAUAUUGAUAUAUGUCAAACUAAACUGAAUAAUGAACACACAGUUGAUCCUACUAUUAAUUCAAUUAAUAAUGAUAUGAGAUUUCUUUGUCGGGUUGCAUUUUUAGCCACAGACCAUCUUGAUUCUAAUUGA